AUGGCUUCCUCGUUCUGGAAGAAAUUAACAGGAAGGGAUACUGCAUCGAGGCGACCACUUAAUACAUCAUUCCGUCAACAAAGGCUUCGAGCAUGGCAACCAACAUUGUCUCCACAGAAUGCCUUACCUAUGCUCAUCGUUCUUAUAACGAUGUUUGUACCCAUAGGGAUCGGUCUUCUUAUCAGCGCAAUCAACGUCCAGGAUAUAACGAUACGAUACGAUAAAUGUCAAGAGACUGCCAACGGGAAUGGAUUCACCACUAUCCCAGAGCAAUAUGUUAGUACACACUUCAAAACAAAGUUGGAUUACCAACCUAGAUGGAUGUUAAUAAAUGGGAAUGGCGCCACAGAUGAAAGUGAUAUUUGUAGAUUAAACUUCCAAAUACCGAAUAUUUUGAAUUCGCCGAUAUACAUUUACUACAAAUUGACUAAUUUUUAUCAGAACCAUCGUGUGUAUAUAGAAUCUUAUGAUUUGGACCAAUUGAAGGGGUCGGCAGUCAAUGUGAGUACAUUAGACAAAAACUGUGAUCCACUUAAGAAAGAUAAUGUUACAGGGAAAGUGAUUUAUCCAUGUGGACUUGUAGCAAACUCACUCUUUAACGAUACCUUCGGGCCCAUAUUAAGAGGGAUUAGUGGUUCAGAAGAUUUUAUUCUGACAAACAAUAAUACAGCUUCGUCCACCGAUAAGCAUAGAUAUCGGAUGACUGAAUAUAAUGCAUCUGACAUUGUUCCGCCUCCAAAUUGGGCUAAACGAUUCCCCGAUGGUUAUAAUGAAACAAAUAUACCUAAUUUACAUACUUGGCAAGAAUUCCAAGUUUGGAUGAGAAAUGCAGCAUUACCGACAUUCUAUAAGAAAAUAUUACAAAAUGAAUCGUCACCAUUACCAAAUGGUAAUUAUUCAAUAGAUAUUGUUCUUAAUUAUCCAGUGCAUUCAUUUAACGGCACAAAAACAUUUGUUCUAACAACUAAUAGUGUUAUAGGCGCAAAAAAUAUCUGGUUGGGGAUUGUAUAUUUAAUGGUAGCAGGUAUAUGCGUAUUAUUUUCGUUAAUAUUCUUGUUGAACAUUAUAUUCCAAACAAAAAAAUUGGAGGAUCACCAAUAUUUAAGCAACGUUCCCGCCGAGCCUUUGAUGGGUCUAUCAGAACCAGAAAUUUCUAGAGAGAGUACUACUCCUUCUGUUGGAAGGAUAAAUGAUACUCAGAAGAAUACGAGAUUUACUGUCAGAGAAAUCUUGUAA